AUGCUGGCUACUGGCCGCAAACGCAUGCUAGUGCCAACUGUUUGUGGAAGCGAAGCGUCAGAUCAAACACGGUUACUUUCAAUGCCGCAGUUGCUGCUGGUGAGAAACUCGGACAUUGGCAGACAGUCUUUGCUCUGCAACAGGCAGCUGAACUGUCUGCAGGCAGACUUACUCACUUUCAACUCUACGAUAAGUGCCUGUGGAAGACAUGGGACAUGCAGACGAGCUGUUGAGCAGGUAAAGGUGCUGCAACAGUUGCAGGCAGACGUGAUCACCACCAACCCUGUGGCCACCUUCUGCGAGAAGAGCGGAGAUCGUGGUGUUGCGAUGUCAGCAAGUACGGGCAGGUUUGACCACUCACAAUUGCCUGGACAGUGCGUGCGAGAAAGCCGGCAAAUGGGAAGAGGCGAAGUUGACUUUGCUAUUUUUUGGACAACUGCAGCGUUGCGAGUUGAAGUUGAACAGGCAUCCUCGUAA